AUGGUCACUGUGUGCCCCCAUGAUGAACACAGAGCCAGAGGGACUGGUGGGGGAUGGCCAGGCAAGUGCCCAGGCCCUGCCCAGGCCUGGCCCAGACCCUCCCUGCUCUGUCUUUGCCCUGUGGGGUCCCAAGACUGUCUCCAAGGUCCCCAAAGGGGAUGCCUGACUGGGGAAACUGAGGCAUGGUGCAGCUGCAGGGUCUGGCACCAGCCCCUCAAGACACCACCCCAUUCCCCAAGCUGGUGGUGUGGCGAGUCCUGGGGUGCUGCCCUCUCCCUGCCCAAGCACGGUCCCCACCACGCUGGCUGUGCCCUCACACUCAUCCCUGCUCCCCAGGACCUCUCCCGCAAGGAUUGCCUGGAGGCACCAGGCUCCAGCCUGGGGGACCUGCCCACAGCCAGUGCCAAGCUCAGCACCAGCCCCAGCACCGUGGGCACCCUGAAGCGCCCCACCAGCCUCAGCCGCCAUGCCAGUGCCGCCAGCUUCCCCCUGCCCGCGGCCCCCCGCCCCAUGGCCAAGGGACACAAGACCCCCACGUCCUACAGCCCCAUGGAGGGCGGGGAGGGUCCCUUCAUCGACCCCGAGGACAUCUCCCAGCUGCUGGCGGACGUCGCCCGCUUCGCCGACGCCCUGGAGAAGCUGCGGGACGUGGUGCUGCGCGAUGACCCCAAGGAGCCCCAGCGGCCGCUGGCCCACGAGUGCUUGGGCGAAACCCUGCGCAUCCUGCGCCAGGUCAUCAACAAGUACCCACUGCUCAACACCCUGGAGACCCUGACAGCUGCUGGGACCCUCAUCUCCAAAGUCAAGGGGUUCCACUAUGAAUCCAACAACGAGGCGGACAAGCGGGAGUUCGAGAAGGCCGUGGAGACCAUCGCUGUGUCCUUCAGCAGCACGGUGUCCGAGUUCCUCAUGGGGGAGGUGGACAGCAGCACCCUCCUCUCCAUCCCACCCAGUGACCAGAACCAGAGUAUGGAGAGCCUCUACGGGGGGAUCCCUGGGCCCGGAGGAGACAGUGUGCCUGUGGGUGUGGAGAGCUACAGCACGGCCCGUCCUGCGGCCGAGGAAGUGGACGUGAUGCUGCAGCGCUGCGAGGGGGGGGUGGAUGCUGCACUCCAGUACGCCAAAACCAUCUCCAAGUACAUGAAGGACCUGAUCUCAUACCUGGAGAAAAGGACCACACUGGAGAUGGAGUUUGCUAAAGGGCUCCAGAAAAUGGCAAACAGCUGCAAGCAAACCAUGAGCCAGGAGACCAACAUGCCUUUCCUGUCCAUCUACCUGCUGGCCCUGGAGCAGGACAUGGAGCAUGGGACGUCGGUUCUGCAGGCAGCCAACACCCUGCAGCACCAAACCUUCCUCCAGCCGCUGAUGGUGAGACGCCUCGAGCACGAGAAGCGGAGGAAGGAGAUCAAGGAGCAGUGGCACCGGGCACAGAGGAAACUGCAAGAGGCCGAGGGGAACCUGCGCAAGGCCAAGCAGACGUACAUGCAGCGCAGCGAGGAGCACGACAAGGCCAAGUACGUGGCGGUGAAAGCAGAGGAGGAGCAGCAGAACACGACCAGCAGCAUCACCACCAAAACCCUGGACAAGAAGAGGCGGCUGGAAGAGGAAGCCAAGAACAAGGCAGAGGAGGCCAUGGCCACCUAUCGCACCUGCGUGGCCGAUGCCAACACGCAGAAGCAGGAGCUGGAGGACACCAAGGUGAACUCCCUGCGGCAGAUCCACGAGGUGAUCAAACAGAGCGACCAGGUCAUCAAGUCGGCCACCAUCUCCUUCUACCAGACCAUGCACAUGCAGACGGCGCCGCUGCCCGUGAACUUCCAGACGCUGUGUGAGAGCAGCAAGCUGUACGACCCGGGCCAGCAGUACGCGUCCCACGUGCGGCAGCUGCAGCGCGGGGACGAGCCCGACGUGCAGUACGACUUCGAGCCCUACGUGUCCCACAACGCCUGGUCCCCCUUUUCUCGGACACGGAAGGGCAGCUUCAACGCCAGCGAGUUUCCCGCGAGUGCCGAGGGGGCCGGGGCCGGCUCUGAAGGAGGGGCAGGAGCCAAGGAGGCUCCGAGCGGGGCCGAGGCGGCCGAGCGGAGAGGUGGGAGGGGACACCAGGUCCAUAAAUCCUGGCCAACCACUGUUGCUGAUGCUGAAAGCAGCCUGGAUUCCAAUGCAGGUGAAUUCAGCCACAAGCUCCAGCGGCUCUCGUCCAACGGCACCGUGUCCUCCAGUGAGGAGCUGGAGGAGAAGGAUGAGACCACCACCCCCUUUGAGCAGAGCAUCAAUGGGAUCAGCCCGGAGCUGGCAGCUCCCACGGGGCCCUUCCGGAAUGUUGGCUUGUCCAAGGCUGCCCAGACCCACCGGCUGAGGAAGCUCCGUGCCCCUUCCAAGUGUCGGGAGUGCAACAGCUACGUGUACUUCCAGGGAGCUGAGUGUGAGGAGUGCUACCUGGCCUGCCACAAGAAGUGCCUGGAGACCUUGGCCAUCCAGUGUGGGCACAAGAAGCUCCAAGGGAAGCUGCAGCUCUUUGGGCAGGACUUCACAGAGGCAUCCCGGGGCAGCCCGGACGGGAUCCCCUUCAUUGUCAAGAAGUGCAUUUUGGAGAUCGAGAAGCGGGCUCUGAAAACCAAGGGCAUCUAUCGAGUUAACGGCGUCAAGACCCGCGUGGAGAAGCUCUGCCAGGCCUUUGAGAAUGGGAAGGAGCUGGUGGAGCUGUCCCAGGCCUCCCCCCACGACAUCAGCAACGUCCUGAAGCUCUACCUGAGACAGCUGCCAGAGCCCCUGAUGCCCUUCCGGCUGUACAACCAGCUGAUGGGGCUGGCCAAGGAGAGCCUGCAGGGCGGGGAGGCCAAGGGCCGGGGCGGGAAGGGCGGCCCCGAGCUGGUGGACAGAGGAGCCGACACCGACCGGGUGGUGCUGAGCCUGGUGCUGAAGCUGAGGGAGCUGCUGAAGGAGCUUCCCUACGAGAACAUGGCCACGCUCCAGUACCUCCUGCAGCACCUGAGGAGGAUCAUGGAAGUGGAACAGGACAACAAGAUGACCUCAGGCAACCUGGGCAUCGUCUUUGGGCCAACACUGAUGCGUCCCAGGCCCACGGACGCCACCAUUUCCUUGUCCUCACUGGUGGAUUAUCCCCACCAAGCUCGUAUCAUCGAGGCCCUCAUCAUCUUCUACCCCACCAUCUUCGAGCACAAGGAGGUGGCGGCGCUGGCCGAGCCCGGCAGGCGCGGCAGGCGCGGCUCGGGCGCCACAGAGGAGCCCACAGCUGCCCCCAGCACUGUCCCCUACCUGGACCUGCCUUCGGAGAAGGGGAGUUUGGCUUUCAGCGCCGACUCACUCGCAGGUCAGUGA